UCCGCUCUCUCUGACCCCUCUCCCGUAGCCACUAUAAGAGUUCGCUCCCCACGCUCCCCGUCACCGUCCGCAGGCGACCUCCAGCCCGCACCGAGCGCGCUAUGGCGAGCAGAAAGAGCCGGCGCAAGGAGGGGAAGCCACAGAGAGCCUCCUCCAACGUCUUCUCCAUGUUCGAGCAAAACCAGAUCCAGGAGUUCAAGGAGGCAUUCACGAUGAUUGACCAGGAUCGUGACGGAGCCAUUGGAAAAUCCGACCUCAAGGAGACAUACGCCUCUCUUGGCAAGCUGAACGUGCAGGAGGAGGAGCUGACCUCGAUGUUGGCCGAGGCGAGUGGCCCGGUGAACUUCACCAUGUUCCUCACGCUCUUCGGGGAGAAGCUCAACGGCACGGACCCUGAGGAGACCAUCAUGAACGCGUUCAAGAUUUUCGACCCCGAUGGGAAAGGGCACAUCAACGCAGACGAAAUGAAGAGACUGCUCAUGACACAAGCCGACAGGUUCACAGCCACAGAGGCAGACCAGAUGUGCAACAUGGCACCCAUUGACCCAGCAGGACAUCUUGACUACAAAUCCCUGUGCUACAUCAUUACGCACGGAGAGGAGAAGGAGGAGUGAUGGCAUCACCACCACCAUCGUCACCCUAAUAAAUAUCACCAUCAGCUUCACCAACAUUAUCACUGCCGAAAUGCAUCACAAACCAACACCACCACCAUCAUAAUUUUCAUCACCACUGUCACGAUAAAUUACCACCACUCUUACCAACAUUACAAACACCACCACUGUCAUCACCUUCAUGACCACCAUCACCAUAAACAACACGAUCAUCUCCAUCACCACCAAUCGCAAGUCACCAUUGUGAAGGAGACGUGAAUAAAGUAUAUUGAAACUGC